AUGAGAAAAAUAGAUAACCAAAAGAAUAACGAAAACACCAGCUUCAACAAAAUUAAGAGAGUUGUAGAAAAAAUUGUUGAUGGUUGUAUAAUUUCGGCGAAGAAGAACUUGAUUAAUACAGUUAAAGAAAAAUUUCUCCCGAGAAACGAGUCGACAGAUUAUGUAGAUUUAUUAUUUAUUUGCAUCAACAAGGGUGUGAAUAACUUUAAGUAUCACAAUCCUAAUUUUUGUUAUAGUGAAAGGUUGUUAUUAUGGCAUGAGUUGAGUUUACUUGCUGGGUUUGUGGGCAAUAUUUUCAUUAGUGGAGAUUUUAAUGAAACUAUGAUUCUAGAGGAGAGAUGGAAUGGUUCGGGUUAUACGGCUUCGAUGUUGGCACUCCGAGAACUUGUAAAUAAUUCGGAAUUAUUGGACUUACCCUUACAUGGAAGUCUUUUCACUUGGCAGAACUCAAUUUCUAAAUCAAGAAUUGACAGAUGCUUGGUUUCAGCAACUGCAGGUACUCUUUGGCCAGACAUGUCAUUAACUGCACUUCCUAAUGUUCAAUCAGACCAUGUUCCGAUUUGUUUUCGCUCUGCAAAUGGCUUUGAUUGGGGUCUAAAGCCUUUCCGUGCUUUGGAUGCGUGGUGGGAUCAUAGUGAGUUUGCUGACUUUAUGAAGAACAACUGGGAUGUAGCUUGCGGCAACUCUCCAAAUCUUAUUCAGAGACUCAAGGACCUUCGGCAUACAAUUAAAAGCUGGAACUCGGAGGUCUUCGGGGAUCAAAAUAAGAUUAUUCAAGAUCUCUCUCAGAAGAUUCAGGUUAAGAAUUUAGCAGCAGAGUCGAGAAUUUUGUUAGAGGUAGAGAAAACCGAAUUGAGCGACCUAAAAAUUUCAUUAUUGGAGGCUGAAAAGAGAAUUGAAUCUAUUUGGAUUCAGAAAUCCAGAGUAAACGUAGCUUCUAACCAUUAUAGAAACAACUACAUUUCUUCAGUGGUAGUUGAUGGUACUAUUUUCUCAAAACCUAAGAAUAUAUGUCUUUACAUCAGAGAAUUUUAUAGUAAGCUUUGUAGUCGGCAGGUGGGUGUGGACUUUGACAUUUCAGGCCUUAACUUUGCUCAGAUUAGUAAUCUGCAGGCAGAUUCGCUGGUUAAAUUGUUUGAGGAGGCUGAAAUUGUCAAUGUUCUCUAUUCUUGUGGAAUUAAAAAAGCGCCAGGUCCAAAUGGUUUUAAUUUUAUUUCUACAGGAAAUCUUGGCAUGUGA